GUCAAGUAGUAGAAGAAGAAAAAGGCGGAAGUUGAAGGGUAAACAUGGCAGCAAGCAUAAGUGUCAAACACGGACUGGCGUGCGGUAAACAUGCGCUGUUUUUCCCCGUCCAAAGAAAAACUUCUCCCGGCAGCGAGUUUCGGAGCGUGAGGGCCGCAGCCAGCGCGACAGCGCCACAAAACGAGAAGUUCUGCUUGGAGCUCGUCAGGUCCAGGGACUACGAGGGCUUCGUGUGCUCCCUCCUGCUGCCAGAGGGGGCGCGCCGCUCCGCCUUGGCUUUGCGAGCCUUCAAUGUGGAACUAGCACAGGUGAAGGACUCAGUCUCACAGAAGACGCUUGGUUUAAUGCGAAUGCAGUUCUGGAAGGCGGCAGUAGAAGACAUUUACCGAGACAAACCUCCGAACCAGCCAGUCAGUAACGAGCUAUGGAGGGUGGUGAGGAAGCAUAGGCUGACAAAGAGAUGGAUGUCGAGGAUCAUAACAGAGAGAGAAAAUGAUCUGGACGACAGAGCCUACAGAAACCUGCAGGAGCUGGAGUCGUAUGCUGAGAACACGCAGUCGUCGCUCUUGUACCUGCUCCUGGAGUCUUUGGGAGUGAAAGACGUCCACGCCGACCAUGCGGCGAGUCACAUCGGGAAGGCGCAUGGCAUUGUGACGUGUCUGAGGGCGACGCCUCAUCACAGCGCACGGCGGAGAGUUUACUUGCCCAUGGACAUCUGCAUGCUGCACGGAGCUUCCCAAGAGGACAUCAUCCGCGGUAGCCGCGAGCAGAACGUCCGGGAUGUGGUGUACGACAUCGCCAGUCAGGCUCACGUUCAUCUGCAACAUGCGCGAUCGUUUGGCCCCAGCAUCCCGGCAGCUGCGACUCCGGCCUUUCUGCACACGGUCGUGUUGGAGGACUACCUGCAAAGGGUGAGAAAGGUGGAUUUUGACAUCUUCCACCCAAGCCUGCAGAAAAGGAACCCCCUUCUUCCCAUCCAGCUGUAUCUGCGCUCCUGGAAGAAGACCUACUGACCCUUUUCUAGAACAAUCUGCAGCGCAUGUAGACUUAAAGAAAUGGUGGACAUUUAGGUAAAGUAACAAGUUAUUUUACUUGGUUACUCUUUGUCUGUUUGGAUCGCUAUCUAUAAAUCAGUGUUUCUCAACCUUUAUUGAGCCCUGGCACAUAUAUGACAAUAUGUUAAUUGUCACUUGAGCCUAUUUGAACUUUAAUCUCCUGACUGUUCGGCCAAUAUGAUAACUACCAGACCCGACCUUUUAACAUUCAAACCUUUUUUUGCUCUUGAUUUCAAUUAGAGCCGGCGCGUUUAUUCACCUAAACCACAAAAAGUAGGAGAGUUAUUCGAAGCAAGUGAUAACUGGAGACAGCCUGUUGUUUCCUAUGUUUGAAAAGACUAAAGUCUUAAACUCUUAACAGCCCACAUCCCGCCCCUAUGACCCGAGAGGGACAGGCGGUAGAAAAUGGAUGGGUAUGUAUGAGGCCUUUUUCCACCUGUAGUUCCACACACUUCUACAGUUCCUGAAACUAGAGGUUCCAGGAACUGUAGAAGUGUGUGGUUUGUGUUUCCACCGCAUUUCACAGUUCAGGUAGUUUAUACAAAUCAGGAUGAUGACGUAUGGAUGAGUGGUCCAGUAUAUUUCUACACUGAUACCAUGUAAAUAAAUACAGUAUUAGGACAUAGUUGUUUUUUUAACUGAAAAGUAAGUACCGUAUUUUUUGGAGUAUAAGUCGCUUCGGAGUAUAAGUCGCACUGGCCGAAAAUGCAUAAUAAAGAAGGAAAAAAACAUAUAUAAGUCGCACUGGAGUAUAAGUCACAUUUUUUGGGGACAUUUAUUUGAUAAAACCCAACACCAAGAAUAGACAUUUGAAAGGCAAUUUAAAAUAAAUAAAGAAUAGUGAACAACAGGCUGAAUAAGCGUACGUUAUAUGAGACAUAAAUAACCAACUGAGAACGUGCCUGGUAUGUUAACGUAACAUAUUAUGGUAAGAGUCAUUCAAAUAACUAUAACAUAUAGAACAUGCUAUACGUUUACCAAACAAUCUGUCACUCCUAAUCACUAAAUCCCAUGAAAUCUUAUGCGUCUAGUCUCUUACGUGAAUGAGCUAAAUAAUAUUAUUUGAUAUUUUACGCUACUGUGUUAAAAAUUUCACACAUAAGUCGCUCCUGAGUAUAAGUCGCACCCUCGGCCAAACUAUGAAAAAAACUGCGACUUAUAGUCCGAAAAAUACAGUACAUUAAAUACAAAGCAAUAAUAUACAAAACAAAAUGAUUUAACAAAUAAAGUAUGCCGAAGUGUUCAUGAAAAGUCAGGCUUUUGUCUGCAAUGUCCAUUGAUUGAUUGAUUUAAACUUUUAUUAGUAGAUUGCACAGUACAGUACAUAUUCCGUACAAUUGACCACUAAAUGGUAACACCCGAAUAAGUUUUUCAACUUGUUUAAGUCGGGGUCCACGUUAAUCAAUUCAUGGUAAAACAACAGUCAGAAAGUUGUCCUCUCUGUAAAUAACAAAUUCAUCAGGGUCGGGCAACUUCUUAUGGUCCAUUUUAGUUGUCAAUAACAAAAUAUAAAUAAUAAAUGUCAGUGUUUAUCUCACGCAGACAACUUGUUAGCAUUAGCAUUCUGUUCACUCAAGUUGAGGCUAAUUACUACACACAUGGAGUGUCACUGACUUCCCUUGUCAUCAAUUUACAUGUAAUCAAGUAAAUAGUGAAUAUUUCAUGUAUUUUACCUUCCACUCUUGCUUCAUUUAACAAUUUUCCUACAAAGUCUCAGAGUAGUAAGCAGCUUAGGUCAUUUUUGAUUUUGAUUAGCGUUCUUCAGCCCAAUGACACACAAAAGUUCCUUUCUUUCUUCUUUCGCUUUAUUGUCAAGUUUGCUGUAAUAGAAAUACACAAAAUAUGGGAAACAAACAAGUCGACUUGUCCAGCAUUUUGUAAAUGGCGGUCCUGUGUUCGAAAAAUAUGUUUUAGAAAUGCCCCCAACUGUGUCCAACCAGCAGAGCCCACCGCCGCUAAGGUUCCAGGAACCUCCCGAAAGUCCCACUUAGCUGCCAGGAACUCCGAAAAGUUCCUGAAGAACUUAAUCUUUUUGGUGGAAACACAGGGAGAACUUUAUUGACCGGGGUAAAUGGGAAGGUUCCUGUAAAAGAUUCUGCAGUGGAAAAGGGCUUAUUGUGAUGGGAUACAUUUUAAUCCAAAUAUAAUAUUUGCAAAAGACGGAGAAAAUGCUGAAGAAGAUAUGGACUACACCAGGGGUCGGGAACCUUUUUGGCUGAGAGAGCCAUGAAAGCCAAAUAUUUUAAAAUGUAUUCCUGUGAGAGUCAUAUAAUAUUUUAUAACACUGAAUACAACUAAAUGCAUGCAUUUUUAAGUAAGACCAACAUUUUUAGAGUAUAAUAAGUCUCUUAUUCUUUUUAAUAACAUUGUUAUUCUGAUGCUAACCAAUAAUAAACAAAAUACUUCUUACCAUUAUUGCAACUUCUUGAACAGAUGCGGUAGAAACGGAUGGAUGUAUUAAAAUGCAUGAGAAUGUUUUAUAUUUUGAGCGUUAUUUUUUAACUCUGAUUACCAGCGGAAUUAUUCAUUACUUAUCGUGUAAAGCAAUGUCAGCUAAGAUUUAUCUGAGAGCCAGAUGCAGUCAUCAAAAGAGCCACAUCUGGCUCGAGAGCCAUAGGUUCCCUACCCCUGGACUACACACACAGGCCAGUAAGAAUACUCACAUGAAGACUGUGCCACAUAUACCAUGACAUAUAUGGUAAAUACCUUAACAUAACCAUUACCAGAAGUCUCGGUUGGGUUAUACAUUAGUUGAGUCUGACAAACAACUGUUCUGCUUAAAGAAACUGUGUAUUCAAGUUUGUUGUGAACCACUUCUGUGUAUUUGAUGCGGUUUUCUGUGUCGGGCUGGACUGAUCUGGACCCGUAAUGUAUAUACAAUUCAUUGGAAAAGUUCCCCUAGAUGGUAGUCUGUUCAGAGUCACAUGUCCAAAUAUCGGGGUUGUGGCGCAGAUGGUAGAGAUGCCGUCGCGGCAACUUGAGGGUUCCAGGUUCGAUUCCAGCUUCCGCCAUCCUAGUCACGACCGUUGUGACCUUGGGCAAAACACUUUCCACUAGAGAUGUCCGAUAAUGGCUUUUUUGCCGAUAUCCGAUAUAGUCCAACUCUUAAUUACAGAUACCAAUAUCAACCGAUACCGAAAAAUACAGUCGUGGAAUUAACACAUUAUUAUGCCUAAUUUUGUUGUGAUGCCCCGCUGGAUGCAUUAAACAAUGUAACAAGGUUUUCCAAAAUAAAUCAACUCAAGUUAUGGAAAAAAAAUGCCAACAUGGCACUGCCAUAUUUAUUAUUGA